UUAGAGGAACUUGACUCUCCUCUCUGUGAGCUCCAUUACUCCUACCUGCCUCCGUCCUUUCUCUCCUCCACUCUCCGGUCAGAGGAAACACAAGCAUCCAGGAUGCAGGUGUCAUCAAGCAGAAGAUCCUUUACCUCCAGCUCAAAGGCUGGCGGCGGCGGCGGCGGCGGCGGCAGCAGCUUCGGCUUCAGCUCUGGCGGCGGUGGGGGUGCCAGAAGCAGUUUUUCCUCCCAAUCUAUGGGAGGAGGUGGAGGCAUGAGGAGGUCGGCAUCCAGCAGCUAUGGCGCAAGAUCGGGAGGCUUCAGUUCGGGUAGCAUGAUGGGUGGCGGUGGCGGUGGCAGUUUCCUAAUGUCCAGCGGCGGCGGCGGCGGCGGCUUCGGCGGCGGCGGCGGCUUCGGCGGCGGCGGCGGCUUCGGCGGCGGCGGCGGCGGUGGCGGCAUGGGCAUGUAUGGUGGAAUGGGAAUGGGAAUGGGUGGCGGUGGAAUGGGCGGCGGAAUGUGUGGCGGAAUCGUCGCCGUCACCUCCAACCAGAGCCUGCUGGCCCCCAUGAGCGUUGACAUCGACCCCAACAUCCAGACCGUCCGCACCCAGGAGAAAGAGCAGAUCAAGGGCCUCAACAACCGCUUCGCCUCCUUCAUCGACAAGGUGCGCUUCCUGGAGCAGCAGAACAAGAUGCUGGAGACCAAGUGGAGCCUGCUGCAGGAGCAGACCACCUCCCGCUCCAACAUCGACGCCAUGUUCGAGGCCUACAUCGCCAACCUUCGCAGACAGCUCGAUGGCCUGGGCAACGAGAAGAUGAAGCUGGAGGGAGAGCUCAGGAACAUGCAGGGUCUGGUAGAGGACUUCAAGAACAAAUAUGAGGAUGAAAUCAACAAACGUGCAUCCGUGGAGAACGAGUUUGUGCUGCUCAAGAAGGAUGUGGAUGGCGCUUACAUGAACAAGAUUGAGCUGGAAGCUAGAGUUGAUGCCCUUCAAGAUGAAAUCAACUUCCUCAGAGCAGUUUACGAAGCGGAGCUGCGUGAGCUCCAGGGACAGAUCAAGGACACGUCGGUCAUCGUCGAGAUGGACAACAGCCGUGGUCUGGACAUGGACUCCAUCGUGGCUGAAGUGCGCGCCCAGUACGAGGAAAUCGCCAACCGCACCCGUGGCGAGGCCGAGGGCUGGUACAAGCAGAAGUUCGAGGAGAUGCAGACUUCGGCUGGCCAGUACGGCGAGAACGUCCGCAACACCAAGAGCGAGAUCGCCGAGAUCAACCGCAUGAUCAGCCGCCUGCAGAACGAGAUCGAGAACGUCAAGUCUCAGCGUUCCGCAUUGGAGGCCCAGAUCGCAGAGGCAGAGGAGCGCGGUGAGCUGGCGGUAAAAGACGCCAAGCUCCGCAUCAGGGAACUGGAGGAGGCCCUGCAGAGAGCCAAGCAGGACAUGGCCCGCCAGGUGCGCGAGUACCAGGAGCUCAUGAACGUCAAACUGGCCCUGGACAUUGAAAUCGCCACCUACAGGAAGCUGCUGGAGGGAGAGGAGAGCAGGAUUGGCUCUGGCACAUCGACUGCCCAUAUCUCGAGCUCCAUAAGCAGCUCCAGCUCCGGCGGCGGCGGCGGCGGCGGCGGCGGCUUCGGAAUGGGAUACGGUGGCGGCGGCGGCGGCGGCGGCGGCGGCGGAGGCGGCGGAUACUCCAUGAAGUCCAGCUAUAGCUCCGGUGGAGGCGGUGGAGGAGGCUUCAGCGGAGGAAGCAUGAUCGGAGGGGGCGGAGGCGGCUUCGGCGGAGGAUCAAGCUUGAGCGGAGGAGGCGGUGUCAGCUACAGCAGCAGCAGCUCCGUGCGCUCCUCUAGGAACUACUAGGCGUGCCCUCCUCUGGGUUCAGCUCGGUGUUCCGUGUCACUUCCUCUCCCCUCUAUCGUGUCUCCACUCCACCCCCUUCCUUUCCUUCGCUGUCCCCCCCUACCGACGGUCACACUGCACCCUGUUACCCUAGCAAACUGGAAGCCCCCCCCCCCUCCCCCCUCUCCCCAAGAGUCCAUCUUCUGGAUCUUCUGUCGUAUAGACAAAAGAAGCGUUUUGUAGUUUCACCGCAGAAAUAUCCUGAAGCUCAAACGAUGGCUUGCGAAAACCCCAGCAUAACAAAAUGGCAGAAUCCAAAGUAAAGGAAGAAGGUUUAGAUUAUGUGUGGUUUUGGACAUUGGGUUGCCUAUCGCAACAGCUUUUAAACUCCCCGCACAUGUUACGGCACUGGCAGCGGCCCUUGCUGCCUCCCAUUUUGUUUUGUUGGGAUAGGGUGUUACCAAAGGUAGCCAUGGAGAACACUCUGGGAUUAGUUGCGGAGGGUUUACACUUUUCUAUUCCCCUUCCUAGUCAUAAUGGGUUUUCCUUUAUGGUUUGCAAACAGUGGUUUAAAGAUGUUCUUUUCUUGUUCAUUCUGAAAAAAGCCUGACUUGUACAACCAGAUUUAUUGAAUGACCGUGUACCAUCAAAUCAUCCUUAUUAAAUCUGAAUAUAUACUAA